UUUGUAAACAAUGUAUUUGAUAAAAGUAUUUUUAUAUUUUUGUGAUUAUUAUUGUUACUAUGUAAGUCUCAGUUUUGGUGAUUGCUGUCUGAGCCAUUUUUCUUCUUCCAGUUGCACAAGCAAAGGUCUCCCACAAACCUCUUCUUCCUUUUCUUCCCAAAUCUUUCUCUCUCUCAUUCUCUCUCUUAAUUCCUGAAAAGCAAGUAACUAAAGAAAAGGAAACAUCACAGGCACUCAAGGGAAAAUCAAACACCAUGUCUUCUCCAAGCAAGCGGCGAGAGAUGGACUUGAUGAAACUGAUGAUGAGUGACUACAAGGUGGAGAUGAUUAAUGAUGGAAUGCAAGAGUUUUAUGUGCAUUUCCAUGGACCCAAUGAGAGUCCUUAUCAUGGAGGUGUGUGGAAAGUAAGAGUUGAGCUGCCAGAAGCUUAUCCUUAUAAAUCUCCUUCCAUAGGGUUUAUCAAUAGGAUCUAUCACCCAAAUGUUGAUGAGAUGUCAGGAUCAGUUUGUCUUGAUGUUAUCAAUCAAACCUGGAGUCCCAUGUUUGAUCUUGUCAAUGUGUUUGAGGUGUUUUUACCACAACUUCUUCUGUAUCCCAAUCCAUCUGACCCCUUAAAUGGAGAAGCUGCUGCUUUACUGAUGCGUGAUCGAGCCAGUUAUGAACAAAAGAAUACUGUGAGAAGUAUGCUAAACCUGAGGACAUAGGAGCUGCAACAGAAGAACAAUCCAGUGAUGAGGAGCUAACUGAAGAUGAAGAUGAUUCUAGUGAUGAACAGGUUGCUGGUAAGGCAGAUCCCUAGAUCCCUAGUGUUGCAUGUAUGACAUGUUCUUCUCAUUUUAUCUUACUUGUACAUGAUGUUCUAGUCAUGUUAAUUCACCUCAUUAAAUGUAAUGUACUUGAUUAUGGAUAGUGGAAAAUUCUCCUUCCUCUUAGUUUGUUACUCUUUCACAGUUUCACUGUAAAUAAUGUACCAUUCAUUUCCUCAUGCAA